AGGAAAAGGAUUAAGGGCGCUUGUAUUACCGGUAUAUUACCGUAUAAAAUCGAGCUAUUAAUAAAGUACUUAUACGGUACUAUUAGGGGUAUACUUAUUCUUGAAACCCUAUAUACUAAUAGCUUCUCUAUGUCUCGUAAAGGCCGUCCUCUUCUCUAUAGUAAUCGAGAUCAUUAA